UCAGUUUCCUGCUCCUCGUCACCUCUUCUGAUCGACCUAAUGGGCUUGGAAAGGGUUUUGGAGAUCACAUUCAUUGGAGGACACUAGAAGAUGGAAAGAAAGAAGCAGCUGCCAGUAUUUAAUACUCUUUAAUGCCCCGUUGUAAAUGGAUGGACAUAGUGUUUGGCCGUCAGGAUAUCACAUUCUUCUGAGAACUGUUAACAUUUGACAUGAAUAACUGAUACCAUUCUAAGCUCCAUCUCCUUUAAAGAGAGCAGGACCUGGCUCUAGUUGGCUCGGAACUCCUAUUUCCAUAGCAACGAGAGGCCCUGUAAGAGUCAAGGGAGGCAGGAAGUGCAGCUUGCAUUUCCGGUUUGCGUCGGAGACGUCCGUAACCCGGAAGUUGACGCGGCGCGGUUGCACAUGGCUGCGCCCUGGGAGGAUGCCGCUCGUGGUGUUUUGCGGGCUGCCGUACAGCGGCAAGAGUCGGCGCGCGGAGGAGCUCCGUGGGGCCCUGGCGGCCGAGGGCCGAGUGGUGCACGUGGUGGACGACGCGGCGGUGCUGGGCGCGGAGGACGCGACAGUGUACGGCGAUUCGGUCCGUGAGAAGGCCUUGCGUGGGGCCCUGCGAGCUGCCGUGGAGCGGCGCCUGAGUCGCCACGACGUGGUCAUCCUCGACUCACUUAACUACAUCAAGGGCUUCCGCUACGAACUAUACUGCCUGGCGCGGGCGGCGCGCACCCCGCUCUGCCUGGUCUACUGCGUACGGCCAGGGGGUCUGAGCGAGGAACCGCGGGUGGCGGGCUCGGAGGAGAAUCGGAACCGGAACGUCAGUGUGAGUUGGAGGCCGCGCGCUGAGGAGGGAGGGAGACCUCUGGAGGCAGGCACCGGUGCCUUCAGGGAACCGCGGCUAGUGGACUCCAUAGGAAAUGGGAGAACUCAGGCAGACGUACCUAAAGAACUGGUGCAGGAAGAAACUAGGGCGCCAGAUUUUCCAGCUCUCAUGACUCCGGAAUUCGAGAAAUCUGCAAAGCCUGUGUCGGGUGACUUUUACACUCCCGAACUUCUGGAGGCCCUAGCGCUGCGCUUCGAAGCUCCCGACUCUCGGAACCGCUGGGACCGACCCUUGUUCACCUUGGUGGGCUUAGAGGAGCCAUUGCCCUUGGCAGAGAUCAGGGCUGCCCUGUUUGAGAACCGGGCUCCUCCACCCCAUCAAUCUACACAGUCCCAGCCACUUGCCUCCGGCAAUUUUCUGCACCAGUUGGACCAGAUCACCAGCCAGGUGUUGGCAGGACUGAUGGAAGCGCAGAAGAGCGCGGUACCCGGAGACUUGCUUAAGCUUCCUGGCACCACAGAGCACUUGCGGUUUACUCGGCCCUUGACCAUGGCAGAACUGAGUCGCCUUCGUCGUCAGUUUAUUUCCUACACCAAAAUGCAUCCCAACAAUGAGAACCUGCCUCAACUGGCCAACAUGUUUUUGCAGUAUCUAAGCCAGAGCCUGCACUAACCAGAUAGGUGGGGGAAAGCCAUGCUCUUUGUGAAACCAUCACACUCUGCUUCUCUGGGAAGAAUAAUCAGAGGGUCUGCAGAAUAUUUUGAUGUGUGGCACUAGAGCUGUUGUGACUGCUUCACGCAUACUUUGCUGAAUGCCUCUGAGCCAGGCAUUGAGUUUACAGCAUAAUGAAACUAGAGAGAACAGAGAAGUAGCUUGGAAGAUCUUGGUAAAUUUCUCCAGAGGAUAGAGCUUUUUGAGUACUGUGCCUACUUUUUUUUGCUAGUCUCUAUCCUGGGGCCUGGGGUCAUAGACAGAUCCACUGGUUUCUAUCCUUGGGAAUCUUUGGUUCUAGUGGAAAUGAAAGACAAAAAUCACUAGAUUAUUUCAUCUAAUAAAAUCUUUUAGAAGAAGACA